AUGCCGCCCUUCUCGCGCCUCAUCCGUUUCCUCUCUCAAGACGGCCGGAUCUACUAUGGCGACCCUCUCCUUCCAGCCAAUACCACCGACAUCUCCCAAGCGACCACCGCCCGCCUCAUCUCCGGUGACAUCUUCCGCUCCCCAGUCCUAACAGGCACCACAAAGCCUAUUUCCCGCCUGCUCUCCCCGCUGGCCCAGAACGAUAUCUCCUCCAUCCGCUGUCUCGGCCUCAACUAUGCCCAACACGCCGCCGAAGCGAGCAUGCCCAUCCCCCAAUACCCCGUCCUCUUCUAUAAACCGCCAGCUGCCCUUGCGGGCCCCGCGGAUGAUAUCCCCAUCCCCCGCAUCGCGCAGGAGUGCCCUGGUGUAGACUACGAGUGCGAGCUGGUGAUUGUUAUGGGGAAGAAGUGUCGUGACGUGUCAGAGAAGGAGGCGCUGGAGUAUGUGAUGGGCUACGCCGUGGGGAAUGAUGUGUCACAUCGAGGGUGGCAGCUAAAGCGCGGGGGCGGGCAGUGGGGGGUUGGGAAGGGAUUUGAUGGGUGGGCGCCGUUUGGGCCGGGAAUUGUGACGACGGAGGUGUUGGGUGAUGCGAGGGAUUUGGGGAUUGGGACAAAGCUAAAUGGCGUGGUUGUGCAGAAGAGUUCAACGAGAGAUCUGAUUUUUGGCGUCAAGAGCGCCGUUUCGUGGUUAUCUAAGGGGUGUACGUUGGGGCCGGGCGAUUUGAUUUUUACCGGGACGCCUCGGGGGGUAGGCAUGGGUAGGAACCCGCCGCUAUGGCUGAAGCAUGGUGAUAUGGUUGAGGUAUCGCUUGAAGGCGUGGGGACUUGCCAGAACAGAGUUGUUUUCGAGGGUCAUACCGCUAGGCUGUAA